GUCAGUCAUGAGCAAGUUUUGGUAAAGAAAAAGAGGAAGGAAUCCUCCCGAACCCCUGACCCAUUCAAAACACGAGCAGACUGCUGCUGGAGCCGGUGGUCGAGGCGACGAUGCUCCUCGGAACAAGCGUGUGUCUGGUCUUCCUCGUGCUGUCUCUGCGGGUGGAGGCUCAGUAUGAGAAGUACAGCUUUAAAAGUUUCCCCCAGAAGGACAUCAUGCCACUGGACACCGCGUAUGGCUACGCGAUGGAGCAGUACGCGGCGCAGAACUGGGGCGACAGCAUCAAGUAUCUGGAGCUGAGUCUGCGGCUCCACCGGCUCCUGCGGGACAGCGAGGCAUUCUGCAGCCGCAACUGCAGCACCGUGAGCCGGGCAGACCCGGACCCCGAACUCGGCGACAGUAGCCUCCGCGUCGUGCGCCACAUCCUCCUCAGAGCUGCGUGCCUGAAAAAGUGCAAGGCGCAGUUUCCAGUGUUUAAUGUCGCGUAUCCACGCAGGGAUGUACUGGAAACGUUCGAACAAAGGAUACCGUACCGGUACAUACAGUACGCGCACUACCAGCUGAAUAACGUGGAGAAGGCUAUCGCAGCAGCCCACACUUACCUGAAGAAGAACCCGAAAGACUCCUACCUGGCCAAGAACAUGAAAUACUACAAGACGCUGUUCGACGUGGAGGAAUAUCUCAUCGACCACGAGGAGCAGCCGUACGAGAGUGUGUUCCUCAAGAGUGUGACGCUCUACAACACUGGGGACUUCAGCAACAGCGCCCGGAACAUGGAGCAGGCCGUCACACAGUACUUGGAGAUCUACAGCCUCUGCCAGGCGGGCUGCGAGGGCUCGUUUGAGAUCGUGGAGUACAAAGACUUCUACCCCACGAUGGCGGAUCUCUACACCGAUGUGCUCAAGUGUAAGAUAAAAUGUGAGGAGUACCUGACGCCCAACGUUGGAGGAUUCUUUGUGGAGAAGUUUGUCGCCACGAUGUAUCACUACCUCCAGUUUUCCUAUUACAAAUUGAACGACGCAAAGAACGCUGCUCCGUGUGCAGCCAGUUACAUGCUGUUCGAUCCCAAAGACCAGGUGAUGCAGCAGAACGUCGCAUACUACCGUUUUUACCGGGAGCAGUGGGGCCUCGAGGAGCCAGACUUUCAGCCUCGGACUGAAGCACUGAGGUAUUUUAACCAGACAACCAAACUGAAGGAGAUGCUGGAGUUUGCACUGAACUACCUUCAAACAGACGACGAGGGCGUGGUAGGUCCACAAGAAACGGGGGCCCCACACUUGGAGAACCCCGACGGGGAGUUCGAGGGGAUGGGAGAUUAUGAAGAGUCGUUCCUGGCCGAGUGGUGGCAGGAACCUAAAACAAAGUGGGACAUUGGAGAAGAGACAAUCUGACCUCUGACCUCGUACCGUACGUAAGCAGAGCGCUUCUUCGCCCCAGCUCUGUCCCACCUGUCAGGACGACAUACCAAAGACUACAGACAGAACAGACAGACACACCAACACUUCCAUCAGUAUCAAGCAGGAAAAACAUGACUCACACUCAAGCUGUUCGUUCUCCUGAACUUCUCCAUCAUGUUGAUCCAAAUCUGAUUGACAUAUUCUGUCUUGGCUGUCAUCAGCCUCUUAAAAACAACAAAUCACUGGCCAAUGACUCUUCUACCAUGUUUAUUUAAUUAAAUCUGACAUGUAGCUUUUCUUAUCUAAAGAUGAUUAUAAACAGGGAAACAGGCAAAGGUAGGUGCCAUGUGAGAACAGGAGGUGUGGUUUCAUGUUUUAGUAUUUUAUUUUUCAAUCCAUCUACAAGCCUUGGUUCAUUUCUUUCUUUUUGUCUCAAUUCAAAAAGAUAGUGUCUAAAAAAUAUGUAAGAUGCAUCUCAUUUUUCUCUUUUUUUUUUUUUACCCCCCUCCCUUCACUUGGAACGGCCAGAUUGGAUUUGAUACCAUCUCUGUACAUACUGUUAUUACGAUAGUGCAUCUGCCGUAGUGCAAAGCUCCAACAGACCAAACUUAUAGAUUGUGUACCGUAUCGAGACAAGCUGCCUCCUGGGACCCUUAAUCAAGAUCUCUUUAAUCUCAUCUACAGUGGAGGUUUCAUUACAAAGUCUCUGGGCUGUGGCGUUCGCCCGCGGCAUCGUGGCUAUCAACAAAUAUACAGAGGAAGUCAUGUGACAUUUCAGUGACAGCUGGAAUGAUACAAGAGAGAACAUGACAGCCAGCUUAGAUGUGACACUGUCCUAAAAAAAUGCAUGGAUUACAGUAGAGAUUCGCAGAUGCGGGUCGAGUCGAGAGACCGGUACGUUUGCUGGAACAUAAAAUCCUAACAGCAUUUAAAUAAAUCUUCAAACGGUGCGUCAACAUUCAGCUUAUCUUGCACGUUAUUUACAAAUCGUUGUGUGCGUACAAGUUGGCUAGUGCUCGUCUUCUGUUGGUACGUGACGUAAAAACAGUUGGGAUUCUUUUAUUGAUGUGCUGCUUGUGUGGUGCCAUGGCUGCAGCACACGGAAAGAAGUGAUUCUUCUUCUAGAGGUAAAAACCUGCCCCAUUGUACCAGUGACAGGACCAGUGUUAAGGUGUAUAUGGACACAGUUGCCCCUAACACUAAUGUAAACACGUACAUUCUUCCCUUGUUUAAAAAUGAACUCACACCCGUACAUUCACCUGUGCAACAAUACAAACACACGCACACAUUAAAACCUCCUAAGCGUACAAAGUUUGGGCCUGAAAGUGGUGAUCACGCACACACACACACACACACACACACACACACAGACACACAGACGGGUAUUGUGGAAUGUAUGUUGGUCAGUCUGUGGUAGGAAACACUAAGUUUGCGGUCUCUGCUGCUUUCAAAGUUCAGUGAUUGAAAAUGAUCCCAAAAACCAAAAAAUAAAACACCCAUCUUCCUCUUUU